UGAGUGAGAAUCGAGCGACUCUGAAAUCGAUUCUCAUCCCUGGAUUGACUGAGUGAGGGGUGAUUUGGAUGGAGAUGAAGGCGUUGUUGUCCUGUUCCGGGCUUUUGCUUCUAUUUGCGUGGCUUUCUCCAAGCCAAGCCCUUUAUUUCCACAUCGGAGAGACGGAGAAGAAAUGUUUCAUAGAAGAAAUACCCGACGAAACCAUGGUGAUCGGGAGAUACAGAACACAGCUGUGGGACAAACAGGCUGGCUCUUUUCUCCCAUCCACCCCUGGUUUAGGCAUGCAUGUGGAAAUCAAAGAUCCUGAUACCAAGAUCAUCCUGUCCCGUCAGUACGGCUCAGACGGCCGCUUCACCUUCACAUCCCACACACCAGGCGAGCAUCAAAUUUGCCUCCACUCCAAUUCCACCAAGAUGGCGCUGUUUGCUGGAGGAAAACUGAGAGUCCACUUGGACAUUCAGGUUGGUGAACACACCAACAACUACCCUGAAAUCGCAGCCAAAGACAAACUGACCGAGCUGCAGCUGAGGGUCCGACAGCUCCUGGACCAGGUGGAACAGAUCCAAAAAGAGCAGAACUACCAGCGGUACCGUGAGGAGCGUUUCCGAAUGACGAGCGAGAGCACGAACCAGCGUGUUCUGUGGUGGUCUAUCGCUCAGACCAUCAUCCUCAUCAUCACCGGCAUCUGGCAAAUGAGACAUCUCAAGAGCUUCUUUGAGGCCAAAAAGCUGGUGUGAAGAGCAGACAGCAUUACAAAGACAAUAACUCAAGUAACAUUCAUUGCCGCUAUGGUUUGCAAGCAUGGAAAUACUCAGUGCUUCAUUUCAAUGUUCUUUUUAAAUUAAAUUCGGUCCAACUAUAUCUUGAGCAGACAAAUUCAGACACAAACUCAGACUAUUAACAACCCUUAAUUCUGCUGUACAUCUGAUACCCAUUUAUCAUACAUGUGUAGCAUCUAGAACAUUGUUCAUGUUACUAAAAUGUGUGAUAUGAAAAUGUUAUGCCUUUAAAGUGAUGAUCAUUAUGGGGUGCAUGGAAACUACUGUUGACUUCAAGGUUGUAUUACUGAUAAAUGUGAAGAAUCAAGCCAAUCAAACUAAUCAUUUCAGCAUUUCGCAACAUUUUUUAAUAUGUAUAUAUUGAGCUAUUUUGAAGAUUUUGAAAAAUUUGUUUUGGGCUCUUAAACAGGUUUGAUGUUCAUGAUUUUGAGGGGAAAUGAUUCAAGCUAAUUGACUGUAGCUUGCAUAGUAGCUGUUUAGACCAAAAUAUAAAUACAUAUUUUAGGAAUUUUCUUACUUAGUGGUUUACAAAAGUGAUUUUUGCUGUUCUCUGUGUUUCAUGCUUUAUUUAUUUAUGGCACUGACCACAUUUAAAACGUAAUUCCAGUAGAUGUAAUAGACAGGAAUGUCUGUAUUUAAUGAAAACUUUAGGUUUUCCGGGUUCUUUUCUGGGUUUCAGGAUUAUAUGUUCUUUAUAGGAUCUUUGGAAAUUUUUGUACUGGCUUCUUACAAGUACCAAUUUAUAAAAAUGCUGGUUUGCAUGAUGCACAAUGUCAGAAUCCUCCAUAUAAUGUGACAGUUUGAAGGUUAUUUAUAGGUUAAAGCAGCUCUGUAUUCUGAAGUGUCGUUCAAGCUUUGUAAUAAAGUGUUCAUCAGUGUGCAUGCAGAUACUUAAGAGUACAUGUACAUGUGGUACUUAAUACAUUAUGUUUGACACAUCAUUCAUAAACAGUCUAAGUUUCUUUGUCUGUUUUAGUUGAGUUGUUUCUUUAAAUUAAAUGUGUUUUAAAUUUA